AUGACGACUCUGAUCAGCCAGGAGACAGCUCAGGACAUCGACCAAUGGCUCAUGGACCCCUCGGGCGGUGCAUUCUCAAUCGAUCAACUCAUGGAGCUUGCCGGAUUGGCAUGUGCGACCGCUCUACAGAAGACGUAUCAGCCUUGUACGCAUCCAAAGGUUCUCAUCUGUGCUGGACCGGGCAAUCAAGGCGGCGAUGGCCUCGUUGCAGCCAGACAUCUCUGGCAUUUCGGCUACCAGCCUACGCUCUUCUACCCCAAGCAGACCGACAAAGAUCUUCUCUUCGGCUUCUCCUUCCACGGCGAGCCGAGGCCGCCCUUUGAUGCCGUCAUCAAUGCGCUCAACGAGACCACCAAGCCUAUCCUCUCUGUCGAUAUCCCGUCUGCUUGGGAUGUCGAGAAGGGCAAUGUCUCGGGCACCUUCACUCCGGACUCGCUCAUCUCGCUCACUGCGCCCAAGCUUGGCUCAAAGUCGUUCAAAGGCACUCACUGGCUCGGAGGUCGCUUCGUGCCGCCUCACAUUGCUCAGCGAUUCAAGCUCGAUCUGCCGGAUUACCCGGGCUCGCAUCAGCGGGUGCUCAAGGAGACAGCGAGAACAUACGAUCAAGGGUGGCCGACGGCAUACGGGAUGCACUCGCCAUGGAUCUCGACGCAGAAAGGCUUUGCCUCACGCUCGACGACCUCACUGGAGGACAUGCACCGCCUGGACAGCGAAAGCAACAGCGAGAGCGAUGGCAAGAGCGAUGCAAGGCGCAAUUUAUAG